CUAUCACUUCCUUCGCCUUCACCUUGUUUGCCACCAUCAUUGUGUGAAGCUUAAACCGUGGGAUUCAGUCUGGGGUUUAUAUCGUCCUCUUCACCGAAUCUAAGGCCCCUCAUUUAUCGGGUCCCGAUCAACAAGGCCUCGUUAAGAGGACGCUCAUCGCUCUCCCAUGACGUCGCUUAACUUCGAUUCCUCGGUUUUCAGGAAGGAGAAGAUCUCUCUGGCUGGCCACGACGAGUAUAUUGUAAGAGGGGGGCGGGAUUUGUUUCAUCUGUUGCCAGAUGCAUUCAAGGGGAUCAAGCAGAUUGGAGUAAUUGGCUGGGGUUCCCAGGGGCCAGCCCAAGCCCAGAACUUGAGGGACUCCCUUGCCGAGGCAAAAUCUGAUAUUGUAGUGAAGAUUGGACUGAGGAAGGGCUCUCGGUCAUUUGCAGAAGCUCGUGCUGCAGGAUUCACCGAGGAGAAUGGAACUCUGGGUGAUAUAUGGGGAACUAUUGCAGGCAGCGAUCUUGUGUUGUUACUGAUCUCUGAUGCAGCACAGGCAGACAAUUAUGAGGAAAUCUUCUCCCACAUGAAACCAAACAGCAUCCUUGGACUUUCCCACGGUUUCCUUCUUGGACAUUUGCAAUCCCUAGGGUUUGAUUUUCCAAAGAACAUUAGUGUAAUUGCUGUUUGCCCCAAGGGGAUGGGGCCUUCUGUAAGGAGACUUUAUGUUCAGGGAAAAGAGAUAAAUGGUGCUGGAAUUAAUUCUAGCUUCGCUGUACAUCAGGAUGUUGAUGGUAGAGCUACAAAUGUUGCAUUGGGAUGGUCAGUUGCUCUUGGUUCUCCUUUUACAUUUGCCACCACAUUAGAGCAGGAGUAUAGGAGUGACAUUUUCGGAGAGCGAGGCAUUUUGCUUGGUGCCGUUCAUGGAGUUGUUGAAUCCUUAUUUAGGAGAUACACCGAGAAUGGAUUGAGUGAAGAUCUGGCCUACAAGAAUACUGUUGAGUGCAUAACAGGAAUAGUUUCAAAGACCAUCUCGACAAAGGGUAUGUUGGCUGUCUACAACUCUUUGUCAGAAGAUGGCAAAAAGGAAUUUCAGGCUGCAUAUAGUGCCUCAUAUUAUCCUUGUAUGGACAUCUUGUAUGAGUGUUAUGAAGAUGUUGCUACUGGUAGUGAGAUUCGAAGUGUUGUUUUGGCAGGACGUCGAUUUUAUGAAAAAGAGGGCUUACCAGCUUUCCCAAUGGGUAAGAUAGAUCAAACACGGAUGUGGAAAGUUGGUGAGCGUGUUCGAGCAACACGGCCCAAAGGUGACUUAGGCCCAUUAUGCCCUUUCACUGCUGGCGUUUUUGUGGCACUGAUGAUGGCUCAGAUUGAGGUCUUGCGGAAGAAGGGGCACUCUUAUUCGGAAAUCAUUAAUGAGAGUGUGAUAGAAGCGGUUGAUUCUUUGAACCCUUUCAUGCAUGCUAGAGGAGUCUCUUUCAUGGUUGAUAACUGUUCUACGACUGCUCGGUUAGGAGCAAGGAAGUGGGCGCCACGUUUCGACUACGUUCUUACCCAACAGGCUAUGGUGUCGGUGGAUGAUGGCACUCCCAUCAACCAGGACCUUAUUAGCAACUUCCUGUCUGAUCCUGUUCAUGGAGCUAUUGAAGUUUGUGCACAAUUAAGACCAACCGUCGAUAUUUCAGUGCCCCCGGAUGCAGAUUUUGUUCGCCCAGAAUUGCGCCAGUCUAGCAGUUAAAAGGUGAGGAGAUUUAGCUUCCUGGAAUGGAUUUUCUGAGGUCUAGCAGAAUGAAAGCUUAUCUCGUUGUUACAACAAUUCUGAGUCAUUGUUCUUAUCAAGUCUUGCAAGCAUGAGGAUGACAUGACCUUUUAUUUUGGUCGAUUUCCAUUUUCUUCCUGUUUA